UGAAAUGAAACCGAGGCGCGGACUACAAACAUCACGGUAGCAAACACAAACACCAUGGCCAAGAAAACGAUUUUGGCGAAGAAUAUCCAGUGUCUACCUUCAUUAACACAAGAUUUCAUUGAUGACUGGGCAAACAACACGGCCAAAAUUCCUCGCUCAAAGCAGACAAAAGGAUAUAGUAACUUCGUCGAGGGAUACAUUCACGAUGUCGAAGGUCAAGUUCUCGAUGGAUUCACCUUAUAUGGUCUUAUCAUCUCAAUGUGACUGUAAAGCUGGGAAUGGUCAUUGCAGCCAUUGUGUUGGACUGUUAUACCUGUUAUGUCAUUUCCAAAAGCUUGGUCUGAAAGCUGUUCCACCCAUUCAGAGCAAGACAUCCCUGCCUCAGCAUUGGAACAUUCCAAAGAGGACUGAAGGGUUAGCCCCAAAACAAGUUGACAACAUUGAAGUAUAUAAAGUGAAGCCGAAGACAAGUCAACCUAAGAGGAAAAGAAAAAUAACUGAAGGCAUUCUUCCCAAUGUGUAUUGCCCUGUAAAAAAGCCAAUCCCGAGCAAUGAAUUGAAAGACACUUUAAUCAAGCAACUUACAGCAAUCGGUAGUGAUGCCCAAAUUUUGAAAGUUUUUGGCACUGAUGAAGAAAAUUGUGAAACUGUUCCCUCUCAAUUUGGUCCAGUGCCUGUUGGAUCUCCCCUUUCCUACCAGCAGAAGAUUUCUAAGUCAGAUGGUGACCUUAUUAUCAACAACCCUGAUCAAAAGACUUUUCCUGAUUGUGAAUUACCCAACCUUAUUUCAGAAUAUAGUACUGUUCUUAACUAUGCAGAUUUUCAUGUAUCUAUGGGACUACAUAUUAAUCAUGAUUUUGCUAUAGAAUUAGAAAAGCAAACAAAUGAACAAAGUUAUAACAAGACAUGGCAUGAUGUCCGUAGAAAUCGCAUAACGUCUUCCAUAUUCAAAGAUAUUUGUAGUAGAAAAUCUGACUUUGAAAGCCUUGCUACAAGAAUACUACAGACCAAACACAUUCAAACUGCUGCCAUGAAAUAUGGACUUGAACAUGAACCUGAAGCUGCAAAGUUGUACUCUGAAAUCACAAUGAAUAAUGUGUACAAGUGCGGUUUUGUACUUAAUCCAAAUGCACCUCAUCUUGGGACGUCUCCUGACCGUAAAGUAUAUGACCCUACAAGCAUACCUCAGUUUGGCCUUCUUGAAAUUAAGUGUCCCGACAAGGAUUCAUUUGUAGAUUGUAAAUAUCUAGUGAAGAACAAAACUAAUGGAACAUACAAACUGAAAUCAAGUCACAGUUACUUCUACCAAGUAAUGGGUCAAAUGGCACUGACGGGCUUAACAUGGUGCGAUUUCUUUGUCAAUUGCCGUCAGGACUAUCACAAGGAGAGAAUUCAUUUUGACAGUGAUAAAUGGGCUGACAUGAAAAUUGCUCUUGAUAAAUUUUAUUUCGAAUUUCUACUACCAGCAAUUUGUAAAAAUUGUCAAAAUUAGAAUAACUUCA